UCACCCUGCAGUAAGGUACCAGGGUACAGGACCUUGUUGUGUGCGCUAUGUCUGGUGUGAAGAAGGAAGACGGGGGUCAGGAAGGGGCUGACCAGUCUAACCCCGGGGAUCAGACAAAUGCUGAUGGUAGUGCUCGGGCUAAACUAGCACUGGUUGACAAGACAAAAAGGAAGGGCAAGAAAGCAGAGCGGGUGUUUGACUGGCCCAAGAAAAAUUACUUUGAAGUUACACGACAUGAUUCAACAGAUACAGAAAGAAUGAAAAGCCUUGUGCAUCGUGUGGUAUACAUUUCCAAACUACGAGAUGAGGACAUUGACAGAGUGGAAGCCGGCAAUUACUAUGAGAGACAGCUGAAGAAUCUUCAGAAUGUCCACCAGAGUGUGUCGGUGACCGGACUCAUGCUGAUCUACAUGAAACACAUCGUACAUGUGGUGGAGACUUCCUCGGACAUGCUGCUGGAGAUAGUCAAGGACCUGCAUUACAGUCAGACGUCAGACCAGGGUUUCAUCUCCAAGGCCAAGAUACUCGUUAUCUCUCACGAUAUUCCCCAGCGCCUUUAUCAGCAGUGGUCAUUCCGGACACUGGACAUUGAAGCUCACCGUCUCGAGGCUUUCGAGCCGUCAGAAACUACAGACAAACUCAUCAUAGAUGUCCUCACACAGCUACUGAAACUGGGCAAGUUCAUCAGCAAAACUCCCAAGCUCAAUUUCAAGAACGCCAUGGACUCUCUGCACCAGAAUGUGCCUGAGUUUCUGCCACAGCAAGCUGCAAUCCACUACCUCCUGGAGGAGGAUGACAACUGUAUGCUGCUGCCCAGCGAGUACAUCAACACCUACACCAAGCCCUUCGACACCGCACUGGACAGUGACAAAGUGUGGCCUCUACCUACUCGUCUCUUCCCAUACAACUGAUUAGCGUAAGGACCAGUCCAGGACAAGGGAACCGACAGACUCAGCAGGGACAUCUCUCACAGUAACAUCUGCAGUCAUCCAAAGGUUGACAGCCAUGGAUAACCAUGUACAUAUGUAUAUUUACAAAUAAACUUCUGUGAUAUCCAUUA